UGUUAGGGGAGCGGCGCAGGGAAACGCAGCUGGCAGACCCAGGUGUGGAGGAGCAGGGGUGAGGAACAAGGAGGUGAAUGAGGCUGUUACGGACACCCAAGCAACGGGACAUACGCAGAACCCCGACCUGACUGGGACCGCUUUCCUUGCCGCCCUCCUCUUCACCCCGCCCCCACUCGGGUCCGGAGUGGACCCGCCCCCUGGCCUGAACGUGGUCUCUCAGGCACUGACCCUUGACCUAGGGGGUGCUCCCCCAAUCUCUCAGGCGUGAUGGCUACGGGUGCGGAUGUACGGGAUAUUCUAGAACUCGGGGGUCCAGAGGGUGAUGCAGCCUCCGGGACCAUCAGCAAGAAAGACAUUAUCAACCCGGACAAGAAAAAGUCCAAGAAGUCCUCUGAGACACUAACCUUCAAGAGGCCUGAGGGCAUGCACCGGGAAGUUUAUGCCCUGCUCUACUCUGAUAAGAAGGAUGCACCCCCACUGUUACCCAGUGACACUGGUCAGGGCUACCGCACAGUGAAAGCCAAGUUGGGCUCCAAGAAGGUGCGACCCUGGAAGUGGAUGCCAUUCACUAACCCAGCCCGAAAGGAUGGAGCUAUGUUUUUCCACUGGCGACGGGCAGCAGAGGAAGGCAAGGACUACCCUUUCGCCAGGUUCAAUAAGACUGUGCAGGUGCCUGUGUAUUCAGAGCAGGAGUACCAGCUCUAUCUCCAUGAUGAUGCUUGGACUAAGGCAGAAACUGACCACCUCUUUGACCUAAGCCGCCGUUUUGACCUGCGUUUUGUAGUUAUCCACGACCGGUAUGACCACCAGCAGUUCAAGAAGCGUUCUGUGGAGGACCUGAAGGAGCGGUACUACCACAUCUGUGCUAAGCUUGCCAAUGUACGGGCUGUGCCAGGCACAGACCUCAAGAUACCAGUAUUUGAUGCUGGGCAUGAACGACGGCGGAAGGAACAGCUGGAGCGUCUCUACAACCGGACCCCAGAGCAGGUGGCAGAGGAGGAGUACCUGCUACAGGAGCUGCGCAAGAUUGAGGCCCGGAAGAAGGAACGGGAGAAACGCAGCCAGGACCUACAGAAGCUGAUCACAGCAGCGGACACCACUGCAGAACAGCGACGCACUGAACGCAAGGCCCCCAAGAAGAAGCUACCCCAGAAAAAGGAGGCCGAGAAGCCGGCUGUUCCUGAGACUGCAGGGAUCAAGUUUCCAGACUUCAAGUCUGCAGGGGUCACACUGCGAAGCCAGAGGAUGAAGCUGCCCAGCUCUGUGGGUCAGAAGAAGAUCAAGGCCCUGGAACAGAUGUUGCUGGAGCUUGGUGUGGAGCUGAGCCCCACCCCCACGGAGGAGCUGGUACAUAUGUUCAAUGAGCUGCGCAGUGACCUGGUGUUGCUCUAUGAGCUCAAGCAGGCCUGCGCCAACUGCGAGUAUGAGCUACAGAUGCUGCGGCACCGGCAUGAGGCACUGGCCCGGGCAGGCGUGCUGGGGGGCCCCACCACACCAGCAGUGGGGCCAGUCCCAGCCUCUGCUGAGUCAGCAGUGUCUGAACCUGGACUUGGCCCUGACCCCACUAAGGACACCAUCAUUGAUGUGGUGGGUGCACCUCUCACACCCAAUUCGAGUGAAACACACACCAGGCCUUGGGGACAACUGACCUCAGCACCUCCUGUGUCUCCUCAGAGGAAGCGACGGGAAUCGGCCUCCAGCUCAUCUUCUGUGAAGAAAGCCAAGAAGCCGUGAGAGGCCACCCGGAGUGUGGGUGGUGCUGUGGUGUAAAUAGAGCUGCUAACUUAGA